AUGACAGACCAAGAUAACUCGUACAGACCCCGAUCCCCAGACUUUUCUGGCUUUACCGGGUCCCUCCAGCUUCCCCCAAGUCCCUACGGACAGACCCCUUACCCCCUUAACAGUCCUCUAGCCCACAGAGCCUCGUACGACGCGUCGCCUUUCUUCAAUCCACAGGCGCCUCAGCCCCAGCCGCAAUUCCAACGGGCAGCCCAACAAUACAUCCCCCAACCCCUCGAUACAAACUACUCCCCGCAUAUCAUGCCCCCACAAACUAGAUCGCGGGCCGCUGCGGAGCAACCACCCAUGGACUGGCAUGCAUCGCCUGAGUCCCCACCAGCACCAGAGAACCAUUCAAACAAUACGAGGAGGACCGCGCCUUCACAGUUUUCUGGAGGAAUCGAGGUCAGAACGAAGUUUCCAGUCGCGAGGAUCAAGCGUAUUAUGCAGGCCGACGAAGAUGUUGGUAAAGUUGCCCAAGUCACUCCAAUUGCUGUUUCCAAAGCGCUCGAGUUAUUCAUGAUUUCCCUCGUCACGAAAGCAGCGAAAGAAGCGAGGCACCGAUCUUCCAAGCGAGUGACCGCAGCCCAUCUCAAAGAAGCCAUUAGCAAGGACGAGGUUCUUGAUUUUCUUGCGGACAUUAUUUCCAAAGUCCCUGAUCACAGUUCUGGCGGAAAGAAGGAUGAUGAUGGGAGUGAUCAAAAUGACGGACGCAGGAGAAAAGCCGGGGGACGUCGAAAGAAAGAAGACCAGGAUGAUUUCUAG